AUGGAAAAUAAAGUCAUAACUUCGUAUCAGCUAGAUAUUGAUUUAGAAAGUAAUGCUUUUAUGAUUAAAAUUGAGCUAGAUGAUGCAUUAGAUAAUGUACAAAUGGUGGUUGUUGAGCUUGAUCCAUAUAUUUAGAAUCAAAUAAUUUAUAAUUCCUUGAUAAAUAAAAAUUAAUCGCAUGAUUUUCCGACUUCUUUCUAAUUUACUUUAGUUUAGGAGUCACUUGAUUGCCCAAAAACACCAGAAAAUUAUUUAAAAAAUUAAUACUAAAUUUAGAAAAAAUAAUAAUUUAGAAUUCUUAACUGUUAUGUAAGCAAUUGCAAUGAUUGUUAAGACAAUAAUAGUAAUAAAUGUAAAGAUUGUGAUGAAGGAUACUACCUUGAUAAUUUUAAGUGUAGUAAAUGUGAUAAAAAUUGUGAAGAUUGUUAAGGAUCUAGUACAUCUUGCACUAAAUGCAAAGAUUCUAAAGUUCUUGACUAAUAAAAUUAAUGCGUUAUUUGUGAUACUAAAAAUGGUUUUUUUGUAUCAUCCAAAAAGAUUUGCACUGCUUGUGACUCUUCAUGUUUAACUUGUGAUUCAUCAAGUAAAAACUGUAAAAGUUGUAGAUCUGACUCAACUCUUUAAAAUAAUUAGUGCAUUAGGUGCGACACUGAAAAUGGGUACUUUUUAGAUAGUUCAAAAAAAUGCUAAAAAUGUGAUUCUUCUUGUAAAACAUGCUAAGGAUCUAAAUCAAAUAAUUGCAUAUCUUGCUAUUAAGAUAAAUAUUUAAGAGAUGAUAAAACAUGUUAAACAUGUGAUACAAAUAAUGGAUAUUAUAUUAAUUCCUCUGGUAUAUGCAAACCAUGUAAUAAUUAAUGUAAAUCGUGUAAUGGAGAUAACUCAAAUAAUUGCCUAUCAUGUGGAACAAAUUUAUAUUUGAAAAUUGAUGGAACUUGUUCUCAGUGCACAGAUACUUAAUAUUAUCAAGAUAAAAAUCAAAAGAAGUGUCUUCCAUGUGAUCCCUCUUGUUAAACUUGUUCUAAUUCUGCUAAAAAUAGUUGCCUUAGUUGCCCUGCAAAUAAAUUUCUUUAUCCUGAUAAUACAUGUAAUGAAUGCUAAACAUAAAAUGGCUAUUAUAUUGAUACCAAGACUAAUCGCUGUUAACCAUGCUUUGCUACCUGUUUGACCUGCAUUGAUGGCGCGGAAAAUUCUUGUACAAGCUGUAAAUCUUCAUUCUUAAGAAUGAACCCAACAGAUGGAUCAAAAUUUAAAUGUGUAUAAUGUAAUAUAAGCUCAGGCUAAUAUGCAAAUUUAUCUGAUUGCUAUAAUUGCCAUCCCACAUGCAAGACUUGCUCUGAUGAUAAAAAUACUUCCUGUAAAACUUGCGUUGAUGGUUUAUAUUUCUUUUAGUAAGGUACAGAUAAAAUAUGUUAAGUAUGUAAAACAAACAAUUCUUAAUUUUUAGAUUCAAAUCAACUCUGCUAAAACUGUAAUAAUAAUUGCUUGUAGUGUUAAGGAAAUGCUAACUUUUGUACAGCCUGCUAAAGUAAUAUGUAUCUAAAAUAAAAUACUUGUGUCUAAUGUAAUGAAGAUGGAUUUUAUAAAAGUAACAAUCUUUGUCUGUAAUGCCAUAGUAGCUGUAAAACUUGUAAUGGGAGUAAUGAUAAUAAUUGUUUAAGCUGUACAGGGUCUUUAAAUUUAAAUUCAUAAAACAUGUGUGUAGAAAAUUGUCCUGAUAAAACUUUUCCUUCAAAUAAUGUUUGUUAACCUUGCGAUCCUUCAUGCUCAACUUGUAAAUAGUUAACGAAAUGUGAAACUUGUCCUACUGGAAAGUAUAUAUUUAAUGACUCUCUCUGUUAGACUUGUCCAGUGGGAUAUUUUGGGGAUGAUGUUUCUAAAUCUUGUAAAAAAUGCGAUAAAACAUGUCUAACAUGUGAUGGACUUAGCCAAAAUAAUUGUUUGAGUUGUCCACCAAGUAUUUAAUUAUAAGAUAAAUCCUGUCCUUAACCAUGCCCUGAUAAAUAAGUACUUUUGAAUAAGGAGUGUAAAAAUUGUCAUGCAAGCUGUGAAAUGUGCUCUGAUAUUGAUGAGUUUAGUUGUUUAAAGUGUGUAGAGUCUUAUAGUUUCUUAACUAACAAAUCUGGAUAGAAGACAUGUGUUGAAUGUUCAAGCUUAGAUUAAUAUAUAUAAAUGGGUGGUGAUUGCUUACCUUGUGAUCCUUCCUGUAAGACUUGUAAAAGUCCUUCAGAUCCUAAUCAGUGUUUAAGUUGUCUAAAUGGUAAAUUUCUAAAAAAGGAUGAUAAUAGUUGUACAUAAUGUAUUGAAAAUGGAUAUUAUAAAAACUCUUCAGAAUGUUUAAAAUGUCCUUCUAACUGCUAAAAAUGUUCAUUAUAAGCAUCUACUUUAAAAUGUGAGGAAUGUAUAAGUUCUUUAGUAAGAGAUGAAGCUCUAACUUAGUGCAUUUCCUGUCCUACAACCAGUAAUUCUUAUUAUAUAUCAGAUGAUAAGAUUUGCAAAAGAUGUGAUACAUCAUGCUAAACCUGCUCAGGAGAAUUAGAUACUGAAUGUGAAACUUGCUUUGAUGGAUUUAAUUUAUUAACAUUAUAAGAUGGUAAGAAAAAAUGUAUUAUUUGUGGAGACGGGUACUUCAAAGACAGUUUAGGGAAUUGCAAAGAAUGCAUUGAAAAUUGUAGUGUAUGUGACAAUGAAUCUACCUGCUAGGUUUGCAAAGUUAAUAAUUCUAGUCCAAUAUAUAUUGAUGAAAAAUAAUAAUGUUUAACUAGUUGCGAUUUAAAUAAUGGAUAUUUUUCAUAUUAUGACACAGUUUAUAAAUGUGAAAAGUGUGAUGCAAAUUGUUAAGUUUGUGAUAACAAAACAAUUUGUAAAAAAUGUGUUAAAAAUACAUACCUUAUUUUAUAAGCAAACGGUGUUGAUGUAAAAUGUGAUACUUGCCUUCAAAAUAAUUAUGUAGACAAUGGAGAUUAAUUUUGUAAAAAAUGCAACCCAAGCUGCUUAACAUGUGAUGGUCCUCUCACAAACAAUUGCUUAACUUGUGAUAUAAAGAAUGGUUUAUAUAAAUAUUCAGAUGGUACAUGUGGAAAUUGCUCAGGAAAUUAUAGAAAAGAUAAUUUAAACUGUUUAAAGUGUGAUGAUAAAUGUAAUGGCUGUGAUCUAAAUGGAUGCACUAGCUGUGCCUCUGGUUUUUACUUUGAUGGAAAUACAAAAAUCUGUAAUUUUUGUGAUAUUUAAGAUAGAAAAUAUAUAAAUAAUGGGUAAUGUUUAAAAUGUAAUCCUAAAUGCUAAACAUGCUCUGGUCCUAAUGAAACCGAUUGCUUAGAAUGCUUUGGGGAUUUAACUAAAAAUUUAAAAGGUGAAUGUGUGAAAUGUGAUACUAAUAAUGGGUUUUAUGUAGAUAUGGAUAAUAAGUAAUGCCUUCCUUGUGCUAUUAAUUGCUAGUAAUGCACAGGACCAGACAUUAGUGAAUGUACCUAAUGUCAAUAAGGAUUAAGUUUGAAAAUAAAUAAAGCAGGUUAAUAAAUUUGUGAAAAAUGUGAUAUUAAUGAAGGGUAUUUCAUAGAAGGGACAAAAUGUUCUAAAUGUAAUUCAGAAUGUUUAACUUGUGAUGGUUCUCAAAAAAAUUAAUGUUUAACGUGUUUUGAUGGUUAUUAUAUUCUAGACAAAGAUAGAAGCUGUGUAAGAUGUCCGAACGAAGAUAAGUUUAAGUUAGUUGAUAAUUGUUAAGAUCAUAAAAAUAAUUGCGAAAAAGAUUCAGUAAGUGGAUAGUAUUAAUUAAAAGCUAAGUGCAUUAGAUGCAAAAAUGGUUAUUUGUUGCAGAGCGAGCUUAAUGCUUGCAUAUCUGAUUGUAAAGAUUUAGGAAAUAAUUUGAAGUUUAAUAAUAUUAGCCAGUAGUGCGAAUGUGCUUAGAGCUCAGAUUAUUUUAAUAUCUAGUAAGAAAUAGAUUUAAAAUAAAAUUAAACAAAACUUAUUUUCUGCUCAAAAGACAUGGUUGAUGGAUAUUUUUGCAACAAAUAAAAAGUAUGUGUUUAAUGCAAUAGAAAUUGUAAAACAUGCCUUGAUUAAUCUUCAUGUUAGAUAUGCUAAAAGUAAUUUUACAGCUGGUAAGGAAGAUGUAUAGAGAAAUGUGGUGAUGGAGAAGGUUUGUAAGAAGAUGAUUCUGGUCCUUAUCCCUAGUGCAAAUGCAAACCUGGCUAUGUAAUUAGAAUUAAAGAGAAAACAUGUGUUCCCAUAUUAAAAAUAGUAUCUGUUUAGUUGUCAGUUUAAAAUGAUAGUAAUUUAUUAACAAUAAUUCUUAAUAGAGACCCAUUUUCUGAUGAGCUAGAAGAUUUAGCUAUCUUAAUAGACCCAAAAACCAUGAAAGUGGACUAGGAUUAUUUUAUAAAAGAUAAAAAAAUCGUUAAUAAUAAAAUUUACUUUGAAAUAUCUGUAAAUUAGAACAGAAAAAUAAACGAAAUAUAAAUAACUCUCAAUAAAAAAGUUAAUUUGUUAAAACUCUUAAAUACAGUUCUAACAACUGAAGAAUAUAACAAAAAUAAUAAAUCUUCAUAAGAAAGAGAUGAGUCAAUAAGCAAUAUGUCUCAAACAUUCGUGCCAGAAGAUCCUUCAACAAAAAAUGUUAUGCUGGUCUUAAAAAAUUUUUAAAUACUUUGCAUUUUAUCUAAUUUUAUUCAAGUUUUGGGACCAAUCGUUAUAUUAAAGGAAAGUAUUCCUCCUUAAAUAUUUACUUAUUCCCUCUUAGGAGCUUCUUUUAUCUUUUAAGAUAUACCUUCAAAUUAAGAAUUAAGUUAUACCAUUGAAAGUUAAUCAGAAAACUAAGAAGAUAAGAAAGAUAAUAGUGAAAACAAAUACUCUCACCAAACAAAAUAUCUUCAUCAACUUGGGCUGAAAUAAAAUUUAUAUUCUAAUUUCAUAUUUGCACAUUUAUCGCUUGUAAUUUCUUCAGUUUUAAUAUUUUUAAAUUUAUUUGCAAGAGCUAUUAUGAAAGGAAAGCAAUACACAAUAUUGAUAGUAAAUACACUUCUAAACGUUAUGUCUAACUUAAAUCAAGGAUACCUAACUGCUACGAUUUUCAGUAUUUAUUUUUCUAUGCAAUUUUAAAACUCUAGGGGAUUAGCUAUAUUUCAAGCAUUUAUACAUUUAUUUUUUAUGAUAUUAAUGGCAUUUGUGAUGUUCAAAAAAGACAACAAAUAUAUUGAGCUCAAUAUACCAAAUUUUCUUGAAAAUAUAAAUUUUUAGGCGAAAGGAAGUAAAUCUUAUAUUUUAGUUAGCUAUAUGAAGAAAUAUUUUGUGAUAAUUAUAUUCCUGACCACAUUUUCUAAUCCUGUAAUGUGCUCAUCUAUUAUUUCUGCUGCAUUCUUUUUGCAUGGCUUUUACAUUCUUUUUUAUAGAUUCUUCAAGUAUAAAGUUAUUACAUAUUACAAAAUAUUUUAAGAAUUUUUUGUGGGAGUAACAUUUAUAGUUUUAGCUGUAACUUGCAAUAAUUGGAUCAACAUGAUGCAAAAAUCAAUAAUAGAAAAUGAUGAACUUAAAAAAUUAGAAAAGCUUAGCUUUAUACUAUUUUUCAUGCUUAUUGGAUGUUUAGCAUUAAGUUUAAUUCUUUUUUUUAUACGCUUCUUAAUCAGCACUUUUGAUUUUUUAAAGAAAAUAUAAUAAAAACUUUUACAGAGAAAGCUUAAAAAAUAGCAAGAAAAAAAGAAUGGAUAGCUUUUGUUAGAAGUAGCUUAAGAAAAGACAAUUAAUAUUUGGAGUUUAAGUAACUCAAAUAUUAAAAUUCACUCUUAUAAGGUGAAGCAAAAACAAAAUUAAGUUUAGCAACAAAAUUCUAGGUCUCUUACAGAAGACUGA